CUCUUACUCCUCCCAACUCUCUACCUCAUCCACACGAUUCGCAAAGACUACCAUGCCUUCCUCGCCCUAGGACCAGGCGGCACCCCGUCAACACCAGCCGGCUACCUCCGCAUCUGCAUCCUCCGACUCUUCAUCCUGCGCAACCCCUUCCUCGCCCCCUCCAUCUCCCCCUGCGUCCAACCGCAACAGGGUCUCCUAGCGCCCUCCCACCUACCCCCACGGCCGGGGCCCCGCCCCACAGUCAUCGGCAUCGCUCCGCAGCGUCAAACGACCCAAAAGAGUGACGCGGAGAUGUACGAGACCCUGUCGAAGGAGAUCCACCGACUGGUCGCCCAACACCCGGACACCCUGUACACGGGCACCUCGUGUUUCGAAAAAUACAGCACGGGAAUGUUCUGCGCUGGGAAUGGCAGCGAUGCCACCACCAUCAGUCCAACUCGUAAAUCAACCACACAGUAUAACAGCAACAGCCAUCAGCAAGAACAACUCCGCCUCCGCCUCACCUGCAACGGCGAGGUGUGUCACGCCCACCCCAGCGACGGGAGUUUGCAUCUGACGCUGCACCCGGCGGACGUCAAGCUCGUGCUCGAGCGCGGAUGGGGCCAGCGUCACCCCUUAGCUCGCGAUAGCUGGUGGUGGUGGCUGCGCCUCGUGCCUCCCGGGUUCGUCAUGGUGUAUGCGCCGCGCGACGCGGAAGAGUUGGAGUGUGUGCUGGAGAUUAUCCGGGCGGCGGCGUGGUGGGUGAGUGGGACAGAGUUGCGGAGGUGA